AUGUCCGGGGACUUUCUUGUAGCUGGCUCUCUGGUGGUAGCGGAUUAUGUGGUGUUGGCUCUCAUGCUGGUGGUGUCUGCGGCGGUUGGUUUCUACUAUGCCUGGGUCAGCAGGAAGGGAGACUCCAGGGAUUUCUUAACAGGAGGGCGAAGACUGACAGCCCUGCCUGUCUCCUUGUCUCUGACUGCCAACUUUAUGUCAUCCAUCACUGUGCUGUCCAACCCAGCUGAGGUGUAUCGCUUCGGAGCCAACCUCAUUCUGUUUUCAGUCGCCUAUGUAGUGUCAGUAAUGGUAACAUCUGAGACUUUCCUCCCAGUCUACUACAGACUCUCCAUCGCCAGUGUUUAUGAGUACCUGGAGCUGCGUUUCAACAGAACAACACGUCUGAUUGCAACUGUACUCUUCAUUGUUCAGGCAAUCCUCUACAGCGGAAUUGUCAUUUAUGGCCCAGCACUAGCUUUAAGCCAAGUUACCAGUUUGAAUCUGUGGGGUGGAAUUAUUUCAACAGGAGCUGUGUGUACUCUUUACUGCACAGUGGGUGGACUGAAGGCGGUGGUGUGGACUGAUGUGUUUCAGGUGGGAAUAAUGCUUGCAGGCUACCUUGCUGUGAUCAUCAAGACUGUGCUUUUACAAGGCGGAGUAUCCACCAUCAUUUCAGACUCAAAACAGGGAGGGAGACUCAACUUUUUGGACUUUGAUCCGGAUCCCCUGAGGAGACACACGUUUUGGACAAUAACCAUUGGAGGAACUGUUAGCUGGAUUGUUGUUUAUGGGACUAACCAGGCACAGAUUCAGAGAUACGUCGCCUGCAAAAGCAUAACUCAUGCUAGAUUAGCUCUGUUCAUCAACCAGUUAGGUCUUUCCAUCUUUUUGGCGUCCUCAGUGUUUGCAGGACUGUGCCUCUUCUCGGUCUUUAAGAACUGUGACCCAUGGACUGCUGGACUUGUCUCUACCCCUGAUCAGCUGAUUCCAUAUUUGGUGAUGGGCACCUUGACAAAUUACCCUGGCCUUCCUGGACUUUUCCUUGCUGCAGUGUACAGCGGCGCUCUAAGCACAGUAUCUUCUUCCAUCAAUGCCCUAGCGACAGUGACACUUGAGGACCUCAUCAAGCCGCACACUACAUUGUCCGAGAAACACCUGCUCUGGAUCUCCAAAGGACUGAGUUUAUUUUAUGGAGCUCUGUGCGUUUCCCUUGCUGGAGUGGCUUCUGUCUUGGGAGGAAUGGUGCAGGCAUCUACCACUAUCCUUGGUGUCACUUUAGGUCCCUUACUUGGUGUCUUCUCCUUAGGAAUCCUGUUCCCAUUUGUCAAUUCCAAAGGAGGUUUGUCAGGUCUGUUGUCAGGCUUGGUUGCGUCCUUGUGUGUAGUUGUUGGAUCUUUGAUCUAUCCGCCCCCUCCCUCCAUGACUCGACCUCUGCCGUUGUCCACAGAGGGUUGUAAUUUAACCGCUUCAGAAGGCUUUAACUGGACCUCCACUGCUGUGCCGACAGAACCAAGCUUCACCACUACACCAAACAGUGAUAACGGUCAUCCACCAGAAGAAGACUGGCACUCUCCCUCCUAUCUUUACUACAGUCUCAUUGGUACUGUAACAGCCAUCAUUGUGGGGCUGAUCAUCAGCCUGCUUACAGGAGGCUGGAGGGAGAAGGUAGAUUCAAGGCUCAUGCUAUUGAAAGAGGACACAAUCACGUAUCAUCUCUUCAAGUGUUUCUUUGACAGAGUCAUUAGAAGAAAAGCGGAGGUUUACCAAAUGGAGGAAUCUGAGAAGAACGUUGGAAACACAAACCCUGCUUUCAGUUAUGUUGACGUUGACCUAAAAAUUUUGUAACCACACGUAACAACAAAUGCAUACCAUGUCUAUUGUUUCCCUAUUUCUCAGUGACACAACUGAACUAAGGUUUUAAUUUGUGCUAUUGCAUUAUUCGACCCUUUUAUUUUCAUGUAUUUGUUUUUCCCAAGUAUAUUGCACUCCAUGUAUAAACCUUGUUUUGUACCUUUUAUAUACUCUUGGAUUUGGUGUGUAAUAUGAAUAGCGUUUUUAUGUUAUGAGGUAGGGUGGGGCACGCUUCCAAUUGAACUAUCGCCACACAUCUUACCUUAAAAACAAAUAAAAUGUAUGUAUAGUUAACUAC